CGUUUGGCGCUUUGAACCUACAGGUGAUGUUUGCAGGGCUGCUCACCGUCCAUCAUCGUAGGUCAGAGAUCUCUCCAGAAAACGCUUCAGAUUACAGAUUAACAGCAAACACCUUCAUUGAUGAAAUGUCCCGGAGCUGCAAUCGGGCGGACAGGUGAAGGAAGCAGCGUCACGCGCCGCAGAGUGUCAAUAUGAGGGCCGCGCGAGCUGCAGCUAGCAUGAGUCUGGGUACACAGAGAGGCUGCAGCAUGAUGUCAUAGCGGACCCGGGAAGAGAAGAGACCCGGUACCGGGACUGUCCUCGGUGCAUUAAACACAUUAAACACAUUAAACAUCUUUAAACGCGGUAAACCGUCAUGUUAGCUUAAAAUCGCCGAGUUUAGCUUUAACCAACGUACGUGCGUGGGGAAGUUUUUUAAUGUCGCGCGCGUGCACGUCCAACAGGUGGCUCCGUGGCGCAAUGGAUAGCGCAUUGGACUUCUAGCAAAACACAUGAGGAGUGAUUCAAAGGUUGUGGGUUCGAGUCCCACCGGAGUCGCAUUUUUCUCCGGUUGGUCCGCUCGGUGAAGUUUAUUUUCUGUCUCGUUCCGACUCUAACUUUUACAGAGUUAACUAAAUAAAAGUUUUACAUUUUACAGCAAUAGCAAAAACAACACAAAGCAGCUUUCAGUAGAUCUGGUCUGAUCAAUGAAAGCAGAGUCAGAGAGGUCUGUGCAAGAGUGCUGAAAUACAAAGACACCAUGCACCUCUGCUGUGAGGCUACCAGCCUAUACUUUGAUUCUUUAUUAACUAAUACAAAAUAUUAAAACAUCAGCUUUCACAUGGUUUAAAAUGUUUAACAACAGUUUGGAUGAAUAAAAUGAUAGACACCUGAAGAAAUCAAUAUAACAGUUAACUUUAAGAUCUAGUGCUUUACAUUAUUGCUGGACGAUAAUUCGGUAACGAUAAUUAUCAUGAUUUAAUUUUUCUCUAUAUAAUUAUAAAAAGUGUUCGAUACAAAUUUGAUAUAAAUAAACAUGUAAUUACAUCCCCCAGCCACUUAGAAUGGAGGGGUGCGCUAAUGAGCCUUAAACACUUGUUGUUGCCCAACAUUAGACAGAAGAAGAAGAUGGCAUUGAACAGCCAAUCAUGUCGCAGGGUGAGAGGUAGGCGGGGCUUAAAGACGUUCAGAGCAGAAUGUAAACACAGCUGAAAUAAGCUACAGGGUCACUGAAGAAAGCUCAAAACCUACCAGCUCAAAGCAGAGUCGUUAGUCUGACACUGUGUCGACUGUGCAUUAACUCUUAACUUAAUACACUUCAUUAAAUAUACUUUCAGAAUGUGGGUAAAGGAAGAGCACAGAGACAACUUCUGCGGUGCAUUUCUAAAGGCUGAUUUAUACUUCUUCAUUGAAUCGACGGCGUAGCCUAUGCAGAGGCCUACGCAUGUAGCUGACGUGCACCUCCUCCAAAAUGUAACUACCAGUAGAAUCGACGCGGAGCGCAAGCCCUGUGAUUGGUCCGCUCGGCGGCAUUGUGUUUCCCGUAUUUACAGCACUUCCGUGAUCCCCGCUCAUCGGCCGCUCAGGACUGUAAUCUUUAAAACUGUAUCAAACAGGAGAAGACGCAGAGAACACCUCAUGUGAUCUGACUUUGUAAUGGGUUAGGAGGAGCCUGGUCGGAGCUUCAGAGCUUUGACCGUACACGGGUUGUCAAUAAUCCUUCAUAAUCUACAACCUGACAUGAACAUUAUUGAUUAUUUUAUGGAUUAUUGAUAGGGAUGCACCGAUCCGAUCCUGGUAUCGGAUAUCGGGUAGAUCGGACUCAAAAAGCUAGAUCGGAUAUCGGUGCCAAGGGGCCGAUAUAUAGUGCCGAUCCAUAUGGCAGAUCUAUUCAUCUCAGUUCUAUGCUUUUCUGUGUUUACAACAGCCAUGUGCGUCUCCUACGUCAUCAGUGCCGGCCAGUCUGUGCAUUUUGCCCGGUGGAGCAUGAUGGAGGAUAACUACAGAGACUCUGCAGAUUAGCUGCAUGUCACGCUUCUUUUGCUAACAACUCCGGCGGAAACUUGCAACAUAUGUAGCAUUAAUAUUUUGACAGAUGGCGGUCGCGCUGAAAAAUAUAAUGGGAGCCCAAAGGAGGAAGUUUACGUGAGCUGUAGCCUACUGCAAAGAAGCAAGAAACCUUCUAUAGAUGGAUUCAAAGUGUGAAAAAACGGACAGGUUUUUGGACUUAAUUGUUCCGACAAAGUCAGAAAAGCCUGAAGUUGCCAAAACAUGAUUCUAUCCUCACAUUAAGGAAUAGAGAUUGUCAAAAUCAAUACCAGGAUCGGGUCGGCUAGUAUCAGUAUCGGCAGAUACCAAAGCCCAGGUAUCGAUAUCGGUAUCGGGACCUGAAAAGUGGGAUCGGUGCAUCCCUAAUUAUUGAUCUGUGGACUACGUCUCAGUCUGAACCCACUGACCUGCAGGGAGUGUGCUCUCCAGCCACUAGAUGGAGGCUGGUUUAUAAAGAGUCAGAGAUGGUCCAGAUCCAGGAGUCACUGGGAGGAGACGCAGUCAGUCAGUCAGUCCGUCUGUAGGUCAGUCAUUCAUUCAGUCCGUCCAUCAGUCAGAGGAGAGCACACACUGAGCCAGUCAGGACCCACUUGGAUUCAGUCCCUCUGCAGAUCUUCAGUCAUGGGUGCGUUAAAGACAGCGGUGACCCUCCUGCUCCAGCUGGCCGUCUCUGUGGCGGCUCCUGUGCCCUGUGAGGACAAGGUGGUCCACCUGGAGGCUGAGAUCCAGGGACUCAGGGACGUCAUCAACGACCAGCAUAACUACAUCCAGGAGCUGCACCACAGCCAGGCCAAGCAGCUGGAGCUCAUCCCCAACUCACACCUGGGCCCUGAAAACCUCAACAGAGACUGCUCCGAGGUGUUUGCAGACGGGAAUGUUGCAAGCGGUCUGUACGUGAUCCGUCCAGAUGGCUCUCCCGUGGCUCUGAGCGUCUUCUGCGACAUGAACAACGGAGGAGGAUGGACCGUCUUCCAGAGGAGGAAAGACGGCAAGGAGAGCUUCGACAGAGCAUGGACCGAGUACAAGCAUGGAUUUGGAGACCUCUUCUCACCCAGCGGAGAGUUCUGGCUGGGCAAUGAAGCGCUGCACUUUUUAACCUCCCAAGGAAACUACGACCUGCGCAUCGACAUGGAGGACUUUGAGGGGAAUCAGCGUUUUGCAGAGUACAAGAACUUCAAGGUGGACACUGAGAAGGACCAGUACCAGUUACAUCUGGGAGAUUUCAAUGGGAAUGCAGGAAACGCCUUCUCUGACAGCAGCACCCCCCCGCCUGCUGGGCCGCAGUGGUCCGGUCCAGACUCGGAGUCAGACGGGAUCAAAUUCAGCACCUACGACCACCUAAGCGAUGCUGCGAGUGAGGGCGAGGGCGAGGGCGAGGGCGAGGGCGAGGACAAGGACGAGGACGCCAAGUGUAUCAGACACAGCAAGUCGGGCUGGUGGUUCAGCAGGUGUGACUCGGGUAACCUGAACGGUCAUUACCAUGACGGGCCGUACAAAGCCAUGGCGGAUGAUGGAGUGGUGUGGUACACCUGGCACGGCUGGUCGUACUCCAUCAAGUCUGUGGUCAUGAUGGUACGAGCCUCGGACCUGGAGAGUCCUCCGACAGUCCCCCCCUCGAUGCCAGCACCCCUCCAACUCGACCAAUCAGCAGCCAAUGAGGUUGACGUUCAUCAGGAGGGCUGAAGGCGUGCACGCCGCGUGUCGUCUCUCACUGAGACGCUUUCUUUAAAUGUUCCUCUGUGUUCUUAUUUUUGCUCUUCUUUGUUUCACGUGUUUGUUUUUUGAGGAUGAAGCUGCUUUAACAUCAUGUUGAGAUGUCUGGAGGAGAAAUGUCCCUGAAUAAUAAUAACAAUCAUUCUUUGAAUAUUGAUCAUGAAAGCACAGUGAAUGUGUCUGACCCGUUGAAACACCAAAGUCAGAGACGCUGCUUCAUGCGCUCACUUCUUCACAGCUCCAUCAUUGUAAAACCUCUUCAGCUCCUUCUCAGGCGCCUGCAGACGAUCCAAGCGCUGCUGCAGGACUGAACCAGGUCCAGAAAGAACUCCAGUUUUAUUCUUCUUACAUCGGCGGCCAAUCAGAUUCAAGAUCUUCAUGUUAACGUAGAAAUCUGUCCAUGAUCCUGGUUUAUGUCUGCUUCGCUGUAGACCCCUCAGCUCCUCUGAUCAGGGUCUCUGCUCCUCGUGGAUCCAACUCUCUGGAACAAUCUUCUUCACGUGAUGUUUGAAUGUCUCAUCUUAUAUUCUGAUGUUAUUACUGUCUAUCAUUUUUGUGAUUUAAUCUACAUUUUAAUAUUUUGUCUGUGUAUUAAUACUCUGUGACGAUGCUCUGUGAAGGUGCUACACGAAAUAAACUUUACUUUAAUAAAGGA